GCAUUGCAUUUCAAACAGGCCACGACCUUACUCAACAAUACGAGGUAUUUCCUCUGAUCGGAGUCCACCUUACUUUCAGAUCAACAUCUUGUCAGACUCAGAAACUAAUUUGAAACUCCACGGGAACGCCGUGAUCUACGAACAUGACGGAGUAUAAACUAGUUGUAGUGGGAGCUGGAGGUGUGGGAAAGAGUGCUUUGACCAUUCAACUCAUCCAAAACCAUUUUGUAGAUGAAUAUGAUCCUACAAUUGAAGAUUCAUACAGAAAACAAGUUGUAAUAGAUGGAGAAACAUGUCUGCUGGACAUAUUGGAUACGGCUGGACAAGAAGAAUACAGUGCAAUGAGAGACCAGUAUAUGAGGACAGGAGAAGGGUUUCUUUGUGUAUUUGCUGUAAAUAAUAGAAAAUCAUUUGAAGAUAUAAACCAGUACAGAGAACAGAUUAAGAGAGUUAAAGAUGCAGAAGAAGUACCUAUGGUUUUGGUAGGAAAUAAAUGUGAUCUUCCACAAAGGACAGUUAGUACAGGUGAUGCACAAGAACUUGCUAAAAGUUAUGGUAUCCCCUUCCAAGAAACAUCAGCCAAAACAAGACAAGGUGUUGAUGAUGCUUUCUACACACUGGUCAGAGAGAUUAGAAAAGAUAAAGAAAAACGUGGACCUCCAAAGAAAGAUAGUAAAAAGAAGAAAUGUAUUAUUCUUUAAAUCACAACAACAAUUGAUUCACUAACAGUCUAAUGACUUUUACCAAGAUUCUGCAAGACUCACUUAUUUCCUUUGUCUUCAGAGAAUAGGUUGCCAAUGGUAAUUCUCUGAAAAUAAAAGGGAUGACAUUUUCCCAUCGCUACAAAACAAGAACACUUCUAGAAUUGAAAAAAAAAAUGCAUGGUUUUCCAUCCAAAAAACUACAUAUUUAUUUUUGUAGUGUAUGAUGUAGUGGUAGUGGGAUUUUAAGCCAGUCAAUAUACGUAGGAUAAAUAAUAUGUAAAUGUGUACCUAAUAAUUAUGUAAUGCCAUUUCUCUUCUUGAUCUCUCUUGCAUGUAAUAUACUGAACUGUAAGGAGAAAUCACAGGUAGCCCAAUCGUACAGUUUAGGGAUGUGACGUUAUUAGUUUUAACGUCAAAUGAUCGAUUGAAAUUCAACAUAGUUUGAGAAUGUGCUUUCAGUUGUUCAGUAGUUAGGAAUAUUUUGAUAAUGAAAUAUUGUAAAGACUUUAAGCCAAAUCAUAUAGCAUUUUGAGUCCUCCUGAAAGCACAUUUUCGAACCACACAAAAUUUCAUUCACCUGUUAAACCUGAUGACACAUCCUGGCAAUAACUCUAUKCUAAGGUUACCUGUGGAGUAAUGAGUACUCUCGGCGGGUAGUUUAAGAGUAGGAUAGUUGAAGGCCUUUCAAACAAAUAGUUCUCUYCUUUGUGUUUAGCACUUUUUGUGUUUCUGUGACCCUGGGAACUCCAAAUGUACAUGUAAGCACAUUUUUAGCUGUUUUAGGUGCAUCAUAUUCAAUGGGCCAUUAAUUGCAUUAUAGCAUCAUUACUUUCUUUUGUUUAGUAUAGUAACACCAGUUGUCUAUUUUAAUGAAAUUAUCAACAUUUUAAUGCUUCAGAAAAUUCACGAAACAUUCUUGUAAUGGUAGUAAAGUGAUGCAUUAUAUACAAGCAGCUUGUGUGAGGUUUAAUCUGAGGCUACAGAACAUGAAAGCAAUUCUAAGCGAUAGGUACAUGUAUCAACAAAAAUAUCCUCAGGCCAUUAUCACAAACAAAUUUUUGUCCAUACCUCACUCUUCAAAUGAUUAAGGUACUUUGCAAAUGCUAUCAAGCACCAUAGUCUGUUGUUUCCAUAGCAACAAAAUUAAAAUAACUAGGAAAUCAUUAUACUCAAUUCUUAGGUCCAUUUUAGGUUACAUGUACUAUAUUCCCCAAAAAUUGUAAUUUUCUAGUCUCAAAAUGAAYGCCUUUGUUUAUAAUAUUUUGACUAAUUUUAUGGUAAAAUCUAAGGUAGUGUUUCAACCCGGUUUUCUGUAGAUUUUAAAGAAUUCAUUAAAAUCAUAUUGUAAUUAAGAAAUUCAUAUGAAGUGGCUCAACUUGAUUAUCAUGAUUGCAAUGAUUUAAUUGUUUUGAUUUUACAAUCUAAGGUUGACUUGAAUGCCAGUCCUUUAUCAAACACAGUAUACACUAAGAAUGACUGACAUUUAUGUCAAAACUAAUGAACUAUUUUUGUAACUGCAUGACAAUGGAAAAUGUUGUCUACAGUGUGUAAGAAAGUAUGUUAUUAAAAUACAUCUUUAAUUAUUGA